AGCCAGCCGUGGGUCGACCAAGAGCGAAGGGCACUUGUUGGGCCGUUGAUGCCCGCUGGCUCGGGAACUACUUGAUGACCCCCAUAAGCCACCGCCAACUCGGAGAAGCCAAAACACUGGGCAAUCACUGUCAGGUAAAACCCAUACAACCUUGUAUCCGUCGCGCAGUGAUGACGUUGCGCUAGCGCUAGCCCGAGAGGCGGAGACAGGCGCAGAAACGGCCGUUUUGAUUGGUUCCCGGUCUGGAACCGGCGCGGGGUCUCCUGGGAUCCGAAGUCGCCUUUUCUCACGGAAGUCGGCUUUUUGCAGUCCUGGGGGUGAGCCGCGCCGGGGCUGUGGGAAUAAGAUGGCGGGGAAGAGGAACGUUCUGUCUUCUCUGGCAGUUUACGCAGAAGAUUCAGAGCCCGAGUCUGACGGCGAGGCUGGAAUCGAAACGGCAGGCAGCGCGGCUGAGGAGAAAGGCGGAUUAGUAUCCGACGCCUAUGGAGAGGAUGAUUUUUCUCGCCUCGGAGGUGAUGAAGAUGGUUAUGAAGAAGAAGAGGAUGAGAACAGCAAACAGUCGGAAGAUGACGAUUCAGAGACUGAAAAACCUGAGGCUGAUGACCCAAAGGAUAACCCAGAAGUGGAAAAGCGGGAUCCACAGGAAUUAGUUGCCUCCUUUUCUGAAAGAGUCCGGAACAUGUCACCUGAUGAAAUCAAGAUCCCACCUGAACCCCCUGGCAGAUGUUCGAAUCACUUACAAGACAAGAUCCAGAAGCUUUAUGAGCGGAAGAUAAAGGAAGGAAUGGAUAUGAACUACAUUAUCCAAAGAAAGAAAGAAUUUCGGAACCCCAGCAUCUAUGAGAAGCUGAUCCAGUUCUGUGCAAUUGAUGAGCUCGGCACCAACUACCCAAAGGAUAUGUUUGACCCCCAUGGCUGGUCUGAGGACUCCUACUAUGAGGCAUUAGCGAAAGCCCAGAAGAUUGAAAUGGACAAACUGGAAAAGGCCAAAAAGGAGCGAACCAAAAUUGAGUUCGUGACAGGCACCAAGAAGGGCACCACGACCAAUGCCACGGCUACGACCACCACCACGGCCAGCACAGCUGUUGCAGAUGCCCAAAAGAGAAAGAGCAAGUGGGACUCGGCCAUCCCGGUGACGACCAUAGCGCAGCCCACCAUCCUCACCACCACGGCAACACUGCCAGCUGUCGUCACCGUGACCACCAGUGCCAGUGGCUCCAAGACCACCGUUAUCUCUGCUGUGGGCACCAUUGUGAAGAAGGCCAAGCAGUGACCUGAGGGACCACUUCUCCUUUCCGUUGGCGGGAGAGCUGCUCCAGGACUUGACAAGACUGUGGGGCCCAGUGACCGAUGCCCAAGGGGAGGUGCCACUUCAUAUAUUCCAGGACUGGGACCUGCUCUCCAGAUGCCACCCCCAGAGGAACCGCUGUGGCAUGCCAGCCAGGAGAAGGACAUUGCUGUAGAGAGGGGCACUGUGGACAGUGUCCCCGCACGUGGGGUCUGUAGCGCUAUUAAAAGUGCUGUGUUC